UGUGUGUGUGUGUGUGUGUGUGAUAAACCAGUCUCAGGUCCUCCGCUGUCGGUGUUGGUCCGGUGUUGUGUCGGAGUCUGUUUCCCAGCGAUGUGUGUCCCCCCUCCUCGAACAGAACCGGAUCCUCAAAUCGAACCCAAACCGCCUUUUUCUGUCAUUCUGAACCUGAACCGAACCUCGACCGGUACCCGAGUUUAGCAUCUCGGCGACGGCGAACCAACCACAACAAGACCCGGACCGAGACCCCGAACCCGGUUCUGUUGUUGGAGGAUGGGGAACACGGUCCGGACGGGAAACACAGUCCGACACAGAACCUCGCUGCUGCUAACUAACAAGGGGUCCCUGCAGUUUGAGGACAAGUGGGAUCUGAUGCGGCCCAUCGUUCUCAAGCUGCUCAGACAGGAGGCCGUCACCAAGCAACAGUGGUUCGACUUGUUCUCAGACGUCCAUGCUGUGUGUCUAUGGGACGAUAAAGGACCAGCCAAAAUCCACCAAGCCCUCAAAGAGGACAUCCUAGAUUUUAUCAAACAAGCACAGGCUCGGGUGCUUAGCCACCAGGACGACACAGCGUUGCUAAAGGCCUACAUCGUAGAGUGGAGGAAGUUCUUCACCCAGUGCGACAUCCUGCCCAAACCCUUCUGUCAGCUGGAGAUCACACUGAUGGGCAAACAGGGCAGCAACAAGAAAACCAACAUGGAGGACAGCAUCGUGCGUAAGCUGAUGCUGGACACGUGGAACGAGUCAAUCUUCUCCAACAUAAAGAGUCGCCUGCAGGACAGCGCCAUGAAGCUGGUGCACGCUGAGAGGCAGGGGGAGGCCUUCGACUCCCAGCUUGUUAUAGGUGUACGAGAGUCAUACGUGAAUUUGUGUUCGAACCCAGAAGACAAGCUGCAGAUCUACAGGGAUAACUUUGAGAAGGCAUACCUGGACUCCACAGAGAGGUUUUACAGAACACAGGCGCCGUCCUACCUGCAACAGAACGGCGUCCAGAACUACAUGAAAUAUGCAGAUGCAAAGCUGAGAGAAGAGGAGAAGAGAGCACUUAGAUAUCUAGAGACACGUCGUGAAUGUAACUCUGUUCAAGCACUUAUGGAGUGUUGUGUGAACGCUCUGGUGACCUCGUUCAAAGAAACCAUCCUAGCUGAAUGUCCAGGGAUGAUCAAACGCAACGAGACAGACAAGCUGCACCUGAUGUUUUCACUCAUGGACAAGGUUCCCAGCGGGAUCGAGCCCAUGCUGAAAGACCUGGAAGAACAUAUCAUCAAUGCUGGACUGGCAGACAUGGUGGCUACUGCUGAGACUAUCACUACUGACUCUGAGAAGUAUGUGGAGCAGCUGUUGACUUUGUUUAACCGCUUCAGUAAACUGGUAAAGGAGGCCUUCCAGGACGACCCACGCUUCCUCACUGCAAGAGACAAGGCUUACAAGGCUGUUGUCAACGACGCCACAAUCUUCAAACUGGAGCUGCCUCUGAAACAGAAAGGUGUGGGCAUGAAGACUCAGCCGGAGUCAAAGUGUCCCGAGCUGCUGGCAAACUACUGUGACAUGCUGCUGAGGAAAACUCCUCUGAGCAAGAAACUCACCUCAGAGGAAAUCGAGCUCAAACUCAAAGAAGUGCUCUUGGUGUUGAAGUACGUCCAGAAUAAAGACGUGUUCAUGCGAUACCACAAAGCUCACCUGACCAGGCGCCUGAUCCUGGACAUUUCAGCAGACAGUGAGAUUGAAGAGAACAUGGUGGAGUGGCUGAGAGAAGUAGGAAUGCCUGCUGAUUAUGUGAACAAGCUGGCCAGGAUGUUUCAGGACAUCAAGGUCUCGGAGGAUCUCAAUCAGGUCUUCAAAGAGAUGCACAAACACAACAAGCUGGCUCUUCCAGCAGACAGCGUGAACAUUAAGAUCCUGAACGCUGGAGCGUGGUCACGAAGCAGUGAGAAGGUUUUUGUCUCGCUGCCCACGGAGCUGGAGGACCUGAUCCCCGAGGUGGAAGACUUCUACAAGAGGAAUCACAGCGGGCGCAAACUCCACUGGCAUCACCUCAUGUCCAACGGCAUUAUCACCUUUAAAAACGAGGUGGGUCAGUACGACCUGGAGGUGACGACGUUCCAGCUGGCGGUGUUGUUCGCCUGGAACCAGCGACCCAGAGAGAGAAUCAGCUUCGAGAACCUCAAACUGGCCACAGAGCUGCCGGACGCAGAGCUACGCCGCACACUCUGGUCUCUGGUCGCCUUCCCCAAGCUGAAGAGGCAGGUCUUGUCUUAUGACUCUCCAGUUAACUCUCCCAAAGACUUCACAGACAGCACGCUUUUCUACGUCAACCAGGAGUUCUCCCUCAUCAAAAACUCCAAAGUCCAGAAGCGAGGGAAGAUCAACCUGAUUGGUCGACUGCAGCUGACCACAGAGCGAAUGAGAGAGGAGGAGAAUGAAGGAAUCGUGCAGCUCAGAAUACUCAGGACUCAGGAGGCCAUCAUCCAGAUCAUGAAGAUGAGGAAGAGGAUCAGCAACGCCCAGCUGCAGACGGAGCUGGUGGAGAUCCUGAAGAACAUGUUCCUGCCGCAGAAGAAGAUGAUCAAGGAGCAGAUCGAGUGGCUCAUCGAACACAAGUACAUAAAGAGGGAUGAGGCAGACAUCAACACCUUCAUCUACAUGGCAUAGGCAGCGAGCGAGCGAGGGAGUGCUUUCUUACUCCGGUUUUUACUCCUGGCCUGUGACCGGCGCUUUAAAAACCUGCGAGAGGAGAGAGACGAGGAACAAAAGGAUGUGUGUGACUAUAAGUACGGAGUGUUGGAGGAAGAGGGAGAAGCCUUUCAGCAAAAAUGUGGAUCUUUCUGUGUUUGUGAGACACCUGCGCGUUAUCGGAGGCGUCGGACUGUCUGUUUGUCUCUGCUGCCCUCUAGUGUCGCUCAGAGGAGCGGCACUGCAGCGUGCGCCGUCUGUCAGCAGCUCAGAAGAAAACAUCAAAUAGUGACAUUAUUAAAAUUAAAUACUUCCUGCCUUACUUUCAUCAGCAACAGACUGCAGACGAGGAGGAGGAGUGAGGAGGAGGAGGAGCAGUGAGGAGGGGAUGGAGAACAAACAUUAUAAGCUGAUAUCAAUCCGUUGCUUUCACUUAAUGCCAGAGCAGCAGCAGCCAUCUCAGCGGAAGCCACUUUGCAUCCCUGCUCUUCUAUAUUUGUCAUUUUUGAACUGGGAAUGCAAAAAAAAGCCGCCAAGAGUGAAAGCUGCCGUCAAGGAGGAGAAACGAAACUACCGAGGAGUAUUUUGCCAAAUUGUGUGUGUGUGUGUGUUUGGAUGCAUGGUGUGUAUCUGGUCUUUUAGGUGUGUGUGUGUGUGUGUGUGUGUGUGCACUUUGAAACAGCAUGCUGCUUUAUGAUUUUUGUUUCUUUCUGUUCAGUGGAAGGUCUGUCUGUCACGCGUUGUGGUUGUGUGUGGACGUGUUGGGACGUUCACACUGUUUGAAUGCUGAAGUCUUGGCGCCCUGUGGCAGGUAAAGUUUGUCCACAGGUGAACAGGUGUUGUCUGUGUCCGGGAAGUGAUCAUACUGCAAACUAUUUAUUUGGUGUGUGACGGCCCGCGUUGUGAACAUUGUGAGAUUAAAUACCAGCUGAAAGCAUCAAAGAGUCUAGAUAAUGUAAGAAAAAGACAAAAACUCACUUUGACUAUCACCUGUGACAGACGUGUUUCAGUGAAACUGAAUGAGCUGCUGUUUUUGGGGUCUUUCCGCCCAGUGAGAACGAUGUCUGAGCUGUUGUAGUGUUCAUGUAGCCAUUCUGUGUGUGUGUGUGUGUGUGUGUGUGUGUGUGUGUGUGUGUGUGUGUGUGUGUUGCCCUCUCUGACCUCUUUCUGGCCAAACGCACAGAUCCAUCAGACAAACACAAACACACACUCAGACAGAAAUAAUCUGUAAUUCUCAGAGUGAAUGUGCAAAGAUGUUCGGUCACGUGUCAGUCAUAGUUUUCUGAUUUAUUUUCACUCUGUGGAGGAGCCGUUCAUCACGAUCUGCACUUUCCUCUGAAGCUGAUGUGGUGAUGCAGACGUCUUUCUCAAAGUUACUGGGAGUUUCAUCUUUUAGUCCUUCAGAUGUCAUAGGUUGAUGUAUCAGUUCACAGGUCAGCAAACACGUAACAAGACAAGCACAGAAAUGCCAAAGAUACUUUUGGAAGUAGUUUGGAAACGACGCCUCCGUUACAGUUUGUCUUGCAGAGAACAAAACGUUCAGUAGUUAUCUAGAGUCUAAAAUCAAGAUAGAAACAUUCUCUGACUCUCUCUGUGGGAACUCAGAGUAAAUAAAAUAUUUUUUUGAUGUAGUUCAGUUUAAGAUGAGUCAAACUUUGUGUUUUAAGUUUGGAUCAGCAGGUGACAAAUCAGAUGACAAAAGGCGCUUUCUGCUUCCUGUGUGUGUGUGUGUGUGUGUGUGUGUGUGUGUGUGUGUGUGUGUGUGUGUGUGUGAGAAUGGCUAUUCAAAACAAACCUGAAAGUAACUGAAACACUGCGGUCACAUUCAUUUAAAAUAUUUUGAAUCAUAGUUCAUACAGCAGCUCUCCUGCACGUGUUCAGCCCUGUCAGUUAAAACAGAAACUUCAGUACGACGAGUGAAAAAGGGAAGAAGAAGAUCAGAAGAUGUCAGAAACAUUUUUUAAGAAAGACGACACGUCCAUUUAAAAUCAUCCUGAAAGUUUCUGAUGUGUGCGACGUGCAGAGCAGCGAGGAAGAGGAAAGACAACAGUGAAUGUUUUUCUAUUUAUUCUAUAUUUAUAAAGAAUGUUACUUUCUUUGUCUGUUGAAAUGUGUCUUUGUGUCCUGUUUCUUCUUCACACUGAAGAGAAGAAAAAACGAGUUCGGCCUGGUUUCAUUUAUUUUCUGAUGAUUGGAUUCAUACCUGCAGUUUGUCAAAGCAAAACAAAGACUCGUCUUGUUUUCACUGACUCUAAAUGUGGUGACAGUUUUUUUGGGGUGUUGAUGAGCUGAAACAAAAUCCUCCUGUCAGUCACGUUAUGCAGUUUUCUUCUCUAUGCACAGACGCAGUGGAUCAGACUUUAAAACAUCCUGUAAGUACACAGAGUUCAUGUCAAUGUAAAUGAGCUCCGCUUGUUUGAACAAUGCUAAAAAUAAUUAGUGUUUGUUGAAGCGACAGUUUGGUGACAGGUGACUCUGUUUAUAUUUUAUUUACAUUUAAAGCAGUGGAAUGACGGCAUUCUGGGAAAUGUAGGUUAGUCCUAUAAUAAGACGGCAGAACUCGGUCCACCAGGAAAAUAAAACAACGCAAACAUUUCUCCUUUAAUGACUCUCCUUGUGUUCAGUGUAAACAUCUGGACAGAUGUUUCCAGAUGUUUUGUGGUUUCUGUUGCUGCUGUGACAGCAGGUGGCUCCAGCAGUCACACAUUUUGUGUUAAUGACUGAAUACAUAAACAUUACACCUAGUUCUGAACAUCAUUUCACAAACUCUGAAUCUUUCUCGUCCAUCAUCGUCCAGCUUAUCAUGUUACACCUGUGGUCUAAUACUUUCUGCACCAUCAUGACAAACCAUUCAUCUUUACCUGCUGUCACAUUUUAUUUGAAAUGAAUCUGUUUCACUCCACGUUCCUCUAGAGAGAGGUCACGUAGCACAUUUUGAGAAUCAGUGAUCUAAUAAAACAGACCUGCCACAUUUAUUUGAAUCAAACUCCAUUCAUUCAUGUUUCUUUCUGAGGUCACACUUUAACAUAUUUAAAGGUGUUUUUUUUAUUAUUUUCUAACUGUCACUAUUUUCCUUUUUUAGUUUGAACGUCUUUAUUCAAACUAUAAGAAACACAGAGUGUGUGUGUGUGUGAGAGAAGGCUGAGCUUUAAACAAACUGAACAAAAACAUAUUGAAGUAUUUCAGUAUCACUUCCCUCCACGAGAACUUUUCUUUAGUCACAGGUACUGGUGUUAUUUUAGUCAUUCUGUAUGUGUUAUAUUUUGUCCAGUCAAUGAUCAGUGUUAGCUCCUGGUCAGAGACGCCUGGUUUGUUUCAUCAUGAGGAGCUGCAGUCCUCCAUCAGCCCGGCCUGCACAGGGCGUCACACCUGUAGCCUUGUAUCAUGACACAAUCAGCUGAUGUCACUACACGAGAGUAAGGACAUUAAACUUUGUUUGUUGGAGCGUGGGAGGAGAGCGGUUCAGACUUCUUUCAUGUGCUGCGUUGUUUUUUUGCUUGUUUCAAAUAUUUUUUAAGGUUGAAUAAUUUAUUUCCUGGCAAAAUAAA